GAUUACUUGUUAUUUUAGGAAUUCUGUUACGAUUGUUUGCUAAAUUUUCAUGUUUUGAAGAUAUUCAAAUGAGAUGGAGGCUGAGCCAACUGGUAGUAAAUGCUUAUUGGAUAUAAAACUAGUCUACUGUUCCUGCAUUUAUUCAACCAUUUUUGAAGAUUUUUUAUUUAACUUUUGAACCGUCACUGUAACGGUAGUCUGCUGAUUUCAACAUGUGAUGGGAGUCAAUCUUAGUUUUAGAAAAGGAACUCCAAUUUAUGAUCCUGAUAUUACUUGAUUUUUUCAUUAUUUUACAUCAUCAAGACAUGAAACAUUCCUUUUAUAUUCAGAUUAAUGUUUGUUAUUUUCUGUGAUCGUCACCUUUAUUCAUUUAAAAUUGGGGUGUAUUGUUAUCAAUAACAUGCUUAUCUUUGUUUCUUUGUAAUAUGGAAAUAUCAUUUGUUGUUACUAUGGACUUGACUGUUAAAUUAGAACGUUAGGUUGAGUUGCAUUUCCUUUUUUCUAUAUUUAAAUUGUACUUUGGUUUCAUAAGUUGGCCUUAAGUAGUUUUGUGCGUGCAGUGGAUUAAGUCCUGUUGUGGUGAGCCAUGCUAAUCUUUUUGUUAACGUGGAAAAGUUUAGGCACUUGUUAUUAGUUAUUAUAGUUGGCUUAUUCUUAAAUUUAGUACGGCAGGAUGACUUGCAGUUCUUUUUCCUUUUUUAUUGAAUUGUAUUGCAGUCUCAUCAAUUUAUAAUGUCAUUUUAAGCCGUUUUAUCGGUCAAAUCUCCUUGUCGUGUUAGAAAUUGGUGAUAAUUCCUCUUGUUCCGUACCAUUGAUCCAGUCUUCUGGUCUGGUUUUACUUCUGAAAAGUUUCCUGUGCACAUUUUGUAGCUUAUGCUUCUGGGCUUUAUCUCCCUUUUGUUAACUGUUUCUCAAAGUUAUAUCAGCGAUAUUUGCAUCCAUAGAAGUGCUUCAUUUCAUAUGCUUCCUUGCAGCAAGGAAGAAUAUGUUCCUGUGGAAAUUAUACAUCAUAGAAUUUCUAGUGAAAUUACAUGGAAAAAGCAACGGUUUUUGUCUGGAGAUGUUGCUUCAGAUCAUUGUACUCGUCAGGGCAAGGUUCAAUUGCUUUCUCUUGAAGCAUUGCAUCAGCUACACAUCUUUAUUUUUGUACUUGCAGUUUCUCAUUUAGUAUUUAGUGCGAUCACUAUGGUUCUGGGAGGAGCCAGGAUUAGUCAAUGGAAGCAUUGGGAAAAAGAAAUUCAUAAAGAGAUUUCAAGCCCAAAGACGUCCCAGGUUGCUGACCACCAAAGACUUUCUCAACCUCACCAUGAGUUUCUCCAGGAGCGUGCUGCAGGAUUUUGGAGGAAGUUUGUUGUUGUUAGCUGGAUGAUGUCUUUCUUCAAGCAGUUUUAUGGCUCUUUGACUAAAUCAGAUUACAGAGCACUUCGAGCUGGAUUUAUUAUGAGGCACUGCUCCACACAUCCUAAAUUUAAUUUUCACAAAUAUGUGAUGCGUGCUCUUGAGGAUGACUUCAAGAAAGUUGUUGGUAUAAGGUGGUAUUUAUGGCUUUUUGUCAUUAUCUUCUUGUUAAUUGACAUUCAUGGUUGGCAUGCAUAUUUUUGGUUAUCAUUCUUGCCCUUGAUUCUUUUGCUAAUUGUCGGUUCAAAGCUGGAGCAUAUCAUCACACGGCUAGCCAUAAAGCUUGCAGAGACGCAUACAGAUGGUCAAGGACACCGGGUGAAGCCUUCAGAUGAACACUUUUGGUUCAAGCAGCCAAGCUUAGUUCUCUACUUGAUUCAUUUCAUUCUAUUUCAAAACUCCUUUGAAAUUGCAUUCCUUUUCUGGAUCAUUAGCACUUUUGGCUUUCACUCCUGUAUUGUGGAAGGUGUUGGCUAUGUUAUCCCCAGACUCGUUGUUGGCGUGAUUGUUGAAGUACUUUGCAGCUAUAGUACGCUUCCUCUGUAUGCUAUUAUGGGUGAUUCUUACAAACAAGCAAUAUUUGCUGAACAUAUGCAAACCACCUUUCAUGGCUGGGUUGCUGGUGUGAGAAAGCGAAAGAGGUCAGGCUCAGGCCUCUAUUCCUCCAUUAUGGGAAUGUUUACGAAGAAGAAAAAGAAGCAAGAGACUUCUGGGUGUGAAAUACAGAUGCAAAGGAUAGCGAGAACUGAAGAAUUCAGUUGUUCUCCACAAACCUGGCAACCAGAUUUCAUGCAAGAUCUUCCAGCAUCAGAGAUUGAAGCUUGUCAAAUUGAACCAGUUUAGUCUAAGUAUCUUGAAAUCUUCAAAGAUUUCAUUCGAAUCAGAGAAAUUUCAUCUUUUUAGAAACUUUGAAUUAGUAAGACAUAUUUUAAAAAUACAAGCCUGUUGGAUAUCUGCAAGAUGUUUUCUUGUCUUGAAAGAUGAUAAUCAGAAUAGUGACUACUAAUGGUCUUUUAUAAGAUGAAAAUAAGGUAUUGUAAAAUAUCAAAAAAUAUCUAUAUUGUUGUUCAUGAGAAUGUCUUACCAGACUUUUUAAUCAAUAACUAACAACAAUUUGGUGAA